AUGCGUAGCACCCCCCAACCGCCCCGUAAUGUUAUCUCAGCACUUGCCGAGGAACAAAAAGCGCCUUUGAACUCUCGUUUUUUAUUCGACGUAACAUACACUUCAAGGAUGACAAAAUAGUACUUUGCGAGCAAACGUGUUGCUUUUUUUUGCGGAAACACGCUGAAGUGGCGCGUGUUGAUACUGUUUUAUGAGUGUUUAGGGGUGGUUUUUGAUAUUAUUUCAAAAAAAUUUUAUUUUUUUCUUUAAUUGCUAUAUAGAGCUAGCUAAAAAGGGCAAAAUGUAAAAAAAAAUUAGGAGCCUAUUUUGGUAUUUUUUUUUAAAUUUGAUUUUGUAAAAAAUUUUAAGAUUCAGGCUUGCGGGCAGGUGGCUUUUUUAGCAAAACAAGGCUAAGCGCUUAUGUUUUAAAAGUAAGUCCGUAAGGUUAGAUUAGGACCGUACUAGCCUAAACGAAAAAAAGCAAAGAAGCAAAGAAACCAUUAGACACUUAGGCUUAAGGUUUAAACCUGGGCUUAUCCGGAGGCUCAGACUAAAACAAAGGCUAAGAUUUAGGCAUUGAUUCAAGUUCACGCUUACGCUUUAAAUUAGGCUUAGACUAAAACUGUGCCUAAUCCUAAGACUAAGAUUCAGUCUAUGACUUACGUUUAGAUUUAGGCUCAGGAUUACUCUUAGGUUAAAUUAAGGCUAACUCUAAGGCUAAGGUUAAAGCUAAGGCUAAAGCUAAGGCUAAAGCUAAGGCUAAAGCUAAGGCUAAAGCUAAGGCUAAAGCUAAGGCUAAAGCUAAGGCUAAAGCUAAGGCUAAAGCUAAGGCUAAAGCUAAGGCUAAAGCUAAGGCUAAAGCUAAGGCUAAAGCUAAGGCUAAAGCUAAGGCUAAAGCUAAGGCUAAAGCUAAGGCUAAAGCUAAGGCUAAAGCUAAGGCUAAAGCUAAGGCUAAAGCUAAGGCUAAAGCUAAGGCUAAAGCUAUAGGCUAA